CCUAGACUAAUGAGAUUUAAAAAAUGGGCUGAUCAUCAAAUGCCCAGCCCUCCUCCAGUACAAGGCAGUUAUAUUAGUACAGCAACAGUUUCCAUACAUGACAGAGAGGACAGGACUGCUCAUUAAUCUCUCACAGUCAUGAUACCCACAGGUUUCCUCUUUCUGCUCCUCCUCACAGGUGGAAAUCCCUCAAGUUUAGAGCCACUGGAGUUUCUUGAUGCUCAACAAAAGUCCAAUCACAGCUUUGAGGAAUUGCCAGGUGGAAAUACCUCUAGUUUUGAGGUACCAGAGCUUCUUGAUGAUCAACAGAAGUCCAAUCACAGCUUUGAAGAAAUGCCAGGUGGAAAUACCAGUUUAGAGCUACCAGAGCUUCGUUAUGGUCAACAGUCCAAUGACAAAGACGACUGGCCUUGGAACUCGGAAAACUGCAGUUAUCAUCAUUUUUUAAACUACCUGAACCUGUCCGAAAACAAGAAUCUGUACUCCAUGUUACGGCCUGUUAGACACCACAAAAUAACAACAGAACUAUACCUCAAAAUGGUAAUCUAUGCCAUCCUAGAUGUGAGAGAAAAGGACCAGGCUUUUGUUCCUUACAUAUGGAUUUAUUUGAGUUGGCAUAAUCAUCACAUUCAGUGGGAUCCAACAGAAUUUUGUGGACUUGAAAGUGUAGAAGUUCCCACUGAACUAAUGUGGAAGCCAGAUAUAAAUAUCGAAGAAAUGACAGAGAGAGACAAGACCACUCCAGCUCCUUUUAUGACUGUUAAUUACGACGGCAUGGUUGAACUUAGAAAUGACUUGGUGGUGGUCAGCACUUGCAGGAUGCGUGUUUACCAGUUCCCCUUCGACAAGCAAAGUUGCACUCUCUCAUUCAAGUCUGUCAUAUACUCUGAUGAAGAAAUAUGGCUGUACGCCAUCACCAACUCUUCAAAGAUUACUGAGUGGUCUUGUCAAGCGAUGCGGACGCAAUACGAGUGGCUGUUCAUCAACAUGACAGUCACUAGAAAAACUGUCAACUAUUUUAACUUCAACCAAAGCAUGAUCGUUUACACUAUCACUAUGAGGAGGAGGUCAGCCCUCUACAUCAUCAACUUUAUACUACCUGUUCUGUUCUUCUUGGGUCUGGACUUGGCCUCCUUCUUGAUCUCACACAGCGGAGGUGAGAAGUUGAGCUUCAAGGUCACUGUGCUGCUCGCUGUCACUGUGAUGCAGCUUAUUCUGAAUGAAAUCCUGCCUGCCUCGUCAAACAGGAUCCCACUCAUAGCGAUCUACUGCAUCGGGAUUUUUGCUCUGAUGUUGGUCAGCCUCCUGGAGACAAUUUUUGUGAUGUACCUGAUGAAGAAAGACAACGAGACAGACAGAGACCAAGCCCUGAAUGUGAGGAAACAUGCUUGCUGUGCAUUUUGCUGUGCUGCUGAAACUCCAUCUCAAGUGCUCUCUGUAGCUGAAGAGCACAACAGCGGCCAGCUGACGGUGGUAUCCCACUAUUUGGAGAAGGACUCAGAUGAGCUGAGGCAGAUGGAGAAAACACAGACUCUGAUCAGCAGCAACAGCAGCACCACCAGCAGGAAUGAAGAAGAGAAGCCUGGCUACUGGACCAGAAUGGCUAAAAAAAUCAACAAAGUUUUCUUCAUUUUUUACGUCACAGUGGUCAGUGUGUUUUUAUUUUCGGUCUUUUCCAUGUGGAACAUUACAGAAGCCACUGGAAAAAACAAAAAAUACUGCUCUAUUUAACCUGUAGUUCAUCUCCACCUGGGGUUCAACAAUGAAUCAAAAUAUUAUUGAAAGCCCAACAUGGCCAAGUGCAAUAUCCAAAUCUCAGGAACUGCAGCCAGCCAUUAUAAAUGAAGCAUUGUGAUGCGACAGAGACACCCCGACCCACAAAUCACGUUCUCCAGAUGCUUGUUUGGGUCAGACCCCAGCAGAAGUCACAUCGUCAUCUUUGAAAUUUGAAAUGAAAAUGAAAUACUCACUCACUCACUCAAUAUGAAUCACUAAAAUUGUGAUUCAUAUUGCUAUAUCUAUCAAAACAGUCACAAUUAAUUAAUUAAUUAAUUAAUUAAUUUCAUAUUGUUCAGCCCUGCUCUUGACUAAAGAAAAUAAUUACCAGUUGUUUCCUUACAUGUAUACAGGCCACUUCUAGCUUUAGCCAGCCAGAUAAGUAAAUGUUAUUAGCAGUUUAGAUAUAUGUAGUCCUUCAGCAGUGUUGUUUGCAUGUUUUACACACUCACUCUAAAUAUUAGCCUAUUAGUCUGGAUACGUUAUGAAGUUCUAGUAAUAUAUGUACCUCUGAUAUGUAAUGUGUACAAUUCUAAUGUUACAUACAUCACAGAAUAUAUUCAAAAAUCGAAGUGUAGCUCUUUAAGAUUUGUAUCAAGUUACUCUAAUGUCUGCUGUUACAGUGUAUUUGUUUGCCCAUCCAUUACACUAAGCAUGAGGCAACGGUAGGUUAAGUAGUUUCAUGUUGUCUUUUAUGGGGUUUUUCCGCUUCUAUAGUACAUCAGCAUUUAUGAUACUUUAUGUACUCAGAUGAUGGAAUAAUAAGUCCUGUCGCCUGGUUCUGAAAACAUGUUAGUCAUAUGUUUACUGCUGAAAUACACAAUAAAUACAGACCUUUUACUCUC